AUGUUAACUAAAGCUUUCCCUGGGCAUCAUGAUUAUGCAUCUUUACUGGAUGAACUAAUGAAUCGUAAAAAGAUGAACACUGAAACAAUGACAAAGUAUUUUCAAGAAAAACUAGCUAUGUGUUACAGAUGUCAGUUAAGCGAAAAAGCAUCUGUGUCAUGUAUUAUUAGAGGCUUACCACAAGAAUUGCAGACUAAUGCUCAAGCUUUUCAGUGUUCUAACCCGGAUGAAUUAUACGAAGAUUUUUUGUCUGCUUUCGAUAAUUAUCAAAGUACUACUAUCAAUGAUACGUCUGUACGGGCUAUAAGUAGUAAGCCAACAAAUACGCGAACUUCAGAUAUAGUAAGCUACAUAAAAGAUACUGGCACAAGUCGAUCACCACAAAUCUGUUAUAGGUGCAAUGAGAGCGGUCAUGUUGCACCUAAUUGUAAGCUUCCUGAAAAUACACAAGACAAAAAAAAGAUCCAAAUUAUGUCACAAUUAAAUGAUGCAUAUAAAAAGACUGCACGAGUAAAUGGGGUAUUUUUGAGAGCAUAUUCGGACACGGGUAGUGAAUUAAAUGUGAUGGCGUAA